AUGAUUCGCUUGCCUGCUACCAGCAUCUCCCUCUCGGAGCGAGACAUUGAUUUCCACCUUCGCCAAGCAGAGCUCUACCAUGGCCUCCGCAAGCAGGGUUUCAAGAAGGACGAUGUUGUCCGCUACCUGAGAGACUAUCGCGAAGCCGCGGCACAAACGGCAGGCCAACAUACAGACGGCUUCAAUCUGUCCGCCCCCAGCACUGUUGAGCUGUCCAUCGGUCGUCCUCACCCAUCAUCCCCAUCAAACGGCGAUCUACCACUACCGUCCAAGCAAGGCUCGGACCAUUCUUCUUCGACCGCGCCCACGAGUUCCUCAUCCAUCCCCUUUCCGGACUUUCCUUCCGAUUUCACUGAACCCGAGUCGGAAGCCGAGCAGCUCAUCAACCACAAGAUCCAAAAUGUCGAUGAUGAUCGGAAAGCCUCUCCUACCCCCAUGCCACCAUCUCUUAACCCCAAUCAGCAUGCUCCUCGGCAAAGUUCUCUGCUGCGUUUCGCCCAAGCCGCUUCUCCAGAACGGCUCGCUGUUGACACCGAGGACGGAACAACCGGGCCUACUGUAGUGUUUACCCCCAAAGCCAAGAAGUACCGACGUCGGAGUACCACCCACCCGUACCAAUCCUCUGAACGAGAGUCUGCGGGCGAGACAUACGCAUUUGGCCAGGUCUUGGACCGCAUGAGCCGAAUGUCGUUAGGGGAAGAUGACCACAAUGAUAAGCUGGAGAGCUCGUCUUUCACUCUGCCACCAACAUACUCGGCCAGCGUUGAGACUUCUUCAGCCUCUGAUCUCCAGUUCGCAAGCCCACUGAGUGAAGAUGGAUCUGAGGACUCCUCAAGUGUCACUUUCGUGCGCAUGCCCAUUAAGCAUCGUCGAAGCAGCAGUCUGCUAGGACGAGGAUACUCUAUUGCAGAUGUCCCCAGCUCUCCUCCUCUCCCGACAACUCCUGCCAGAGAAUUCACCAGACAAGCCCGCGCGUCUUCUGACUCCUCUCAAUUGCCAACCACACCGACUCCCAUUCGCAAUGCUAGUAGUGUCCCACAGAUCGAGCCAAGACCUUACAGACAACAGCUUGAUGGGCACUCUUUCUCCGUGUAUAACGACUCGCUUCCUGCAUCAACUCAACCUGGAACACCUGCCGACCUGUCGAGACAACCAUUGAUCACUGAGCAUGAUGCGGCUUAUACCGCACCUCCUGCAAUGAUCCGUUCAGGCCAUCACGGUCAUCGCGCUUGGGAGCGCGACAUUGGUGAACAGAGCCCGACCGCAAGAGCUAUGACAUUGCGUAGCAGGAGAAACAGGGAGUUGACGCGGAGUGUCAUCGCUGAAGGAGUGAGAUUGAACAGGCUCAUGAUGAGGGAUGAGGCUAUGUUCACACAGCGAAGAAUUCGAGCUGCCGCUGCGGCGAAUGAGGACGCUGAGGUGGAGGCGUUGCCACAGAUCCCCGACGACGUAUGGAGGGAUAAUCUCGAUGCGGACCGCGUUGGGGAAGAGAACUUCGACGCGGGGCUUGAUGUUGGUGGAAGGCGAGUGAUGAGGGCCGUCAGUGGCAAUGCCAGGUUCGAUACUUAA